AUUGGAUGUCUGAUACGAUACAGCAGACAUUGCAGAUACUAGUAUUUAAUUUAUAGUGAAAUAUAUGUAACACUUUGGUUUAAAGAUGAUGCGUAUUAAUUCAUCAAAAUCAUCAUUUCAAUUAAUUAGUGUUGAUGAUAGUUUUACAUAUAAUUUUAGUUUUAUUUUAUUUCCUUCAAGUAAAUUUAAAAUGAUUACAAUAUCGCAUGAUGUGCGUUAUCAUUAUGAUAGUUAUUCAAUAACGAAUUCGCAUCACUUUUAAUCUAGACGUUUACACAUACAAAUAUAUUAAACUGUUUUUUAUACAUUAUACAAAAGAUCAAAUUCAUGGUUUAUUUUUAAAGAUAUUAUACAGAAAGGUAUAGAAUUUUAGUAAUAAUUGUCAGUUAUGUAUAAUUUCAUCUUUAUAAUUUUGCAUACAAAUUCUACAUCUUAAAAGGUUGAUUCAAUCGAGAUUUAUUUCAGACACUGUUUGUUUUUACAAUACACUAUUAUUGGAAAAUCAUGCUUCUCUGUCAGUAGAGAAAAUGCAGUAUUCUUUUUAUUCUUCGAUCUAUCUUUUCUUAUUAUUCAAUUAGGUGGUAUCGAGAGAAGUUUGAAGAUUAUCCAAACAAAAGACGAGCACUUAUUCCUUUCAUUUUAUAAGUAUUCUAGUGUGUAAAAAAUGUAUACAUCUUACUGCAGAAGUCGUCGUGUCACCAUGUACCCAACCUUCUAAUAAAUAAAGCAGGAGCCCAAAACGUUCUCUUAUUUUAUUUUGUAGCUAAAAAAAAAAUGAUUAAAAAGUUGUCCUCUUCCGUUUUGCGUCUACUGGUACCUGCAUAUUUAUCUUUUCUUAGGUUAUUUUAUCCUCUGUACCCUUCUGUAUUAGCAGCGUCUUGAUUUUUCCGUCAAUGCCCAAAAUUCGUGAAUUUUAUAAGUCCGCUCCAAAGGCUCCAAACUGGAUUUUGAUUGUAUUUGGAAACUUGGUGAUACAAUAAUUCCAUGUGCUGACAACAAUAAUCACCUAUAGGCAUUAUUAUCAACAACAAACUUACACUCUUAGAUAAAAUUAUAACAGCUUGUAGAAAAAGAAACCCAAAAAUCAUAAUACGCUCUCAACGAUAUAGGCUCAAAUUAUCUUAACCCGAUUACUUUGUCACACCUCUAUAAGACGAUCGUUCUUCCCACAGUCCUCAACGGUGUGAAUUUGGGAACAAUCUAUCUACCAACGAUCUUCAACGCCUCAAUGUUUUUCAACAUUUUGUUUGCAAAAAUGCAAAAACCUUCCGACCAAAAUAAGAUCCGGUAUCUGUGAAAGUGUUUUAAACGUUCUACCUAUCAAAUUGGAAUAAGAUAUCCGCAAACUGUUAUUUCUAAAGGACGACUUUGUCUCAUGGAUCACUUGUCUCUCUCAAAGAAGAUAUUCUCAACACGCUUAUUUUCAUUUCUGGAGAACAUUUCUAAUAAACACCGAGGAUUCUUCCAGAUGUAAUGAAUGUUUUGUCCACGUACAGUCUUACUGAAUAUCUACAAACGUGGCUCCAUAAAUGCUCAUUUCCACUGAAACAGAUAGAGAUAGUGAGAUCUGCUGUAUCAAAGCUACACCAAACAAACCGUAACAUCAGAAUGAUCCAUGACAAUGAUUUUUACCGUUUCAAAUCCAUUAUCCAAAACCAAAACCCAAGUUUUAUCUGGUCCAUUCCGUCCAACUCAUAGCAAAUGGAUGUGGAACUCCAGAUUUUAUCUAGGUAUCAUCCUCUUUUGUACUGGGAUGUUUAUCAAUCUUCAAGCCGAUCAUAUUCUUAGAAAUUUGAGGAAACCAGGGGAGACUGGCUAUAAAAUUCCUAGAGGUGGUUUGUUUGAAUAUGUCUCCGGAGCAAACUUCUUUGGGGAGAUCGUAGAAUGGCUGGGGUUCGCUGUGGCUAAUGGGACUCUUCCGACAUUUGCCUUUUUCUUCUUCACUCUGUGUAACAUCGGACCGCGUGCCUGUCACCACCACCAGUAAUUCAGGCAUUGUCGAGAAAUUAGCCGUGAAAUAGUAGCGAGAGUCUGAGUAGCUCAGUCGAUAGAGUCAUGGACAUGGCCCCGGUGACCCGGAUUCAAGCCCCAAUUGCCGCAAUUUUUUUUUUUUUUACUAUUUUUCGCUGAGAUCUACGAUUUUAUCUUUGAAGUGAUAAGUUUAUUCUAAUCUAUUCAAAAAUCGGUCGGAAGACCCACUCGUUGCUCGCAACGAGAUUGUGUCUAGUUUCAAACACUGUUUGUUUUUACAAUUCACUGUUGUUGGAAAUGCUUCUCUGUCAGUAGAGAAAAUGCAGUAUUCUUUUUAUUCUUCGAUCUAUCUUUUCUUAUUA